UACUACAAACAUUCGAUAAAAAAAAUACCUCUAAUACUUUCAGCGGUUUACUCCGUCAUGUGUUCUAACGCGUCUUCUCCCUCUGUGUACAUAAAACGGCAGUGAGGGACUGAGCUCACGGUUCUCGACAAAUCAUCGCGUAUGCUAAUGUUAGCAUUCGGCUUCCCUUCAGGACUGCCACAUCGCCAGAAAAACUGUCCGCAGCACGCUGGCGAGCUAAAUAUCCCGCUCUUCCAAUACGGGUUGAUUUCUGACCUAAUUUUAUGACACAGAAGGUUGGUCGGAUCUUCAAACCAUUAGCUGCGUUUGGAUCAGGUUUUGUUAGCUAUGGCUGGAGACGAAGAAGAAGAAGAGGCACUGACCGUCAAGGGGCCCAAGGAGGUGGACAUGAUCACAUCGGUGCGUUGCCUCGGUUACCUGUCAAGCCUCAACCUCCUGGUGGCGGUGUGCGUGGGUAUGUACUUGCGCUGGGAGGUGACAAGCGAGCCGAUGAUCCUGGUCAUCUUCAUCCUUGGUCUUUUCGUCCUCGGCAUCGCGAGCAUCCUCCACUACUACUUUGGCAUGGAGCAAGCCAGCCUGAGCCUUUUCCAUCUGUGGUUUGGCUUCCUGCUGGGUCUCCUGUGCUUCCUCAACAGUCCCUCCUUGGAUUCCAACGUCAAGGAAGUGGUUGCCAACUAUCUCCUCUUGGCCAGCGUGGCCAUGAAGGUGGUAUGGGCCGCCACGGAGCGAAUGUGCCGCUCGACCCGUUACGAACCCAUCUUGUUGAAGUCCACCGAGUUCCUGGAGCUGCUCGGCUUUGCCAUCGCCAGCACCACUAUGCUUCUCAACAAGUCACUUGCCAUUGUGGGCCUCGUGGUGGCUCUGGGCGCUCUCAUCGUGGACUUGAGAAUGAAGUCCCUCCUGGCUUUGCCCAACCUGGUCAUCUUCGCCCUGGUCACCUCGCUGGUGUUUUUCCAAGCCUUGGGCAUCGCCGCCAACCCCUUCGCUUUAGGGUGCUACUUGGGGCGGCUGCUGUGCGAGCCCGUCUUGGACGUGUACUUCAGCGCCCUGGGCGCCACCGAGCGCUGGAUGCCCGUGCUAACUUUGGCGAACAUGUGGAGGCGCCUGUCCCUCCUGCCGUUGAGCCUGCUGGAGCUGACCUUCAUCGUCCUCGCUGCUUUUAAGCUCGGCCACUUGGAACUGUGGUACUUGGUGAUCCCAGGCUUCUGCCUGUUUGGCCUCUUCUGGUCCAUCUGCCACGUGAUCCUCCUCAUCACGGUGUGGGGCUUCCACAGCAAGCUGAGCGAGUGCCAGAGAGCCUGGCGAGCGCAGCGCUCGGACAGCCGCAGCUUGGAGCAGGUCAUGGCCUCCAGGGGCAUCCGACACUUUUGCCUCAUUUCCGAGCGGCUGGUGUUCUUCAGCUUGCUGUCCACGGUCAUUCUGGGUGCGGUAUCCUGGCAGCCGGCCAACGGUUUCUUCCUCGGCGCGCUGCUGAUCGUGCUCCCUCUGGAGUCGUUGGCCCACGGGCUGUUCCAUGAGCUGGGCGGCCGUCUCGGGGGAACCUGCGUCGGCUACGCUUUGGUCGUCCCCACAACCUACUGCAGCGCCGACGGCCAGCCCACCCUUCUGCCCCCGGAGCAGGCCCAGCAGCUGAACCUGCGCUCCACAGGCAUGCUGAACAACGUGCAGCGGCUCUUCUCGCACCACAUGAUCCAAACGUUCGGUUGCGACUACUCGGCCGGCGGCGUCAGCCUGGAGACGUUGCACGGCAAGCUACGCAACUUCCUGGAGUUGCGGACGGCAGACGGGCCGCGCCACGACACCUACCUGAUCUUCUACAGUGGGCACACUCGCAAAGAAAGCGGAGCCUGGGCGCUAGCCGGCGGGGAGAGUUUUCAUCUUGCCCACCUGUUGGAGUUGUGGAAGGAGAAGAACGCAGGCCACUGCUCACGCCUUAUCCUGGUGCUGGACACGGAAAACUCCCUCCCCUGGAUCAAAGAGGUACGUAGGGUGGACGGGGUCUACGUGGCGGUGCAAACGGCCGACUCGUCCGCCGCCGGGCCCGACCCGGAGGCGGGCGAGGGCCCCUUACUCGGGGACUUCACAUCCGAAUGGGUGGAGUUCAACUGCAACCCGAACGGCGACGCGCAGUGGUGCGAGAAGGGACGAGGCGUGGCGGCCGUUUACGGCGUGUCCAAACGCUGGAGCGACUACACGCUGCACCUUCCCACGGGCAGCGAUGUGGCCAAGCAUUGGAAGACCCACUUUCCCAAGGCAACGUAUCCCAUGGUGCACCUCUCCAACUGGUGCUGCGGACUCAACCUCUUUUGGUUCUGCAGCGUGUGUCUGCGUUGCUUCAGGAGGUGCAAACUGGCGUGGUUCCCACCUUCCGUUUUGGACACUGGGCAGGGCCUUAAACUGGUGCACUCGUAGGUGUGCUCCGGGGACGUUUGAACUACCGGUACUUAAGCACGUAUGUUUGGUUGCGGGCAUCAUGUAGUCACAAUACUCCAAAAAACCUUUGGGUCAAAAAUAACCCAAAUUGGGUUUCCAAAAAGGGGGCCACCUAUGAACUCGGGUAACCUUAAAUAGUUCGCGAAGCCGUAUCCCAAAAAAUUGUUUUAUGCGUUCAUCACUUUUGGGUCUAAUAAAUAGCCCAAAACAUUGUGUCGGGCCCAAUGUGGAUUAUUUUUGAGCCAACGGUUUUUAGGGAGAUUGUCAGACUAAAUGUCGUUGAACAAAAGAUGGGAUUUCAGUCUCUUUUUUUUUUUUUGUAUUCAUGUAACAUUCCAAUAUUCCCAAUGAAUAUUUUUUGCCCAUUG